UAAGCAGGGGAAAAAGGAGCUGGCAGUGUUGCUACGCCUCAGCAAACCACUGCACACACACAUACACAGAUCAUGACUGUGGGACUUUCGAGGUCACAGAGGUCUUUGCAACAUCUGCCGAUCCCAUGUGAUAUCCCAGGAGAGUUAAAUCAGGCAUCGCUGCGAUAUGGGUAAACAAACACAAACGUGCUGGGACAUAAUUGAAUUACUUCCAUCCGCCAAGAAUAUUGAAGAUGAAGGGUGCAUGCCCCUGGACAUGUUUGUGUGUAUGUUUGAGCUGUAAAGUGAACUGAUGUCGUCUCACUGAGAGGACUCUCUGGCCCAGAUUCCCUGAGCUCCCUCACGUUGUUUUCCAGAAGUGUACAACAUGCCCAUCAUGAGGAUACUUUCAAUUCACUUAUAAUUCUUCUGAAAAAGUAAAGGGAAAAGAAUAAUAUAGUAUACAGAAUCUUUCUGCUGUUUGAUACACACAACCCGAACAACCUCCCUUCUGCCUCCACAAGCUGCUAUGAUACGUUGUAAUGUGAAAUAAUAAAACCAUUGGAACUACUCAGCUAUAUAGAAAUAGGCUGUAUGAGUAAAGGAAUAGCUCUAAUUUAGGAAAAUACCCCUUCUUUGUUUGCUUGCCACAACUUAGAUAACAACACUGAUAACAACUCCCCUUUCAGCUUUGUGAUUGGUCUCCACCAUCUCAGGUUCUCUUCAUGUUCACCAGUGAGUUGGGGACUGUGUCUGUCUGGUGUUUGGCCCUGGGGAGGUAGUAUUGAUUCUUUUAGCUUUAAAAGCUGUUUAAAUUCAUUAAGAGUGAAAGAUGCUAAAAAGAAUUUAAAGAAACCGCAGUCUGAUAUAAAUUUUCUCUUUUUUUGUGAACAUCAGUGACCAAUAUAUAUAUAUUAUUUUGUUUUCAUUUAAUGUUGAAUAUGGAAGCUUUAUAUUAUAAAAAUAUCACUUGUGGUAUCUGGGGCUUAUAUAAGAAAAGAUUUUCUAUUGAUUUUUGCUUAAACUCCCCAGUUGUUGAGCAUAAUGUUAUAUGUGCAGCACUGUAUAUAUAGUGCAAGCAUAACAUCAUAAAAUAAAACAGAAAACACUCAAAACAGUCUCAGAUACACAUGUAUGAUGCAUACAUAUGCAAGAUAAUAUUAAGUUUGCAGGGAACAUUAACUGCACUUAUCUACAAAGGAGAGCACAUGCUGCACUACUCACGAUGCCAUUAUAAUGCACUACAUGCAGCAGUUUUUCAUCUAAAAAACAUCCAGUGGAAAUAUGACAUGUAUUAUUUAACCUAUUAUUAAUUCAUGAUAAAUUCCAUCUGUGAUAAACAUGUAUGUCUGUGGAGAGCACCAAAAAAACUGAGCAGGGAGACUGAAGCAUCAACUUAAGGAGAUACACAGUAGUACCAAGUGAAACGCUUACAGCUUGGCAUCAGUCAGCAUUUCCAGUUAUGCGAUGUUGAUUACUUGGCCUAGAUACAACAAUAUGGAUUAUUCUUAUCCUCACUUCUCUGAAUGAUGUGAUGCAUCACGGGGCAAAGGCUUUUUAAGUUCACUGGUUUAUUUCAAGUGUGUGGCAGCAGAAAUCCAAUGCUCCAGUACGGCACUGUCAUGAUGAGCUAUUUCCGUUAAAUGACGACCCAGUCUGUGAUUCAAUUAAGUUCUGGUCUUUAGUUUGCAUUUAUCACAGCAUCAACUCACGGAAAAACAAGACAUUUAUGGAUUUCAUAAGGAUUUUGGAGAAAUUCCAGCCACUUGCACUGAUGCUUCUAUUUUAGCAGAAGCAAAAUCCAGAAAAUGCAUUUUGAACUCAUCACUGAAGCAAGGAGGAGCUCUGGAUUGAUUUGAUGUAAUUACUUGAUCGCAGCCGAAAAACCCCAAAUGAGAUCUGGACUGAAAGCUACUGGCCAUUCACGCAAAACACUAAAGAGCAUGGAAAUCUCAGCCCGCAGUAUGUGGGAGUAGUUAAGCAACCGUGCACAGAGAAUGCCUUUAGAAAUCUGUCUAUAUUUCUUUGACGGCUACAGAUUACAACCGGAUUGGUUUUGAACUUCCGACAAGGCGUUGGAAGAAGUCCCUGACAGAGUUGUGACUGGGAACGAGUGGCUCCAUCGUAUGCUGUGUCAGAGAACAUUAGCGCAAACGCAGAUUGAUGUUUAAAUGGUGAUGCUAUUCAAGGAUUGGUGGGAGGGAAAAGUCUUAUUUGCUUUCAAUGAUCUGGUUCAUCCCACAAUUGCUUGAUUGUGUUAUUGUCCAGUCGAAUCAUGGAUGCCAUUCACUGGUAUUUUAAGAAAAGAUGUCAAGACAGGAACAUAAUCUCGAGAGAGGAAAUUCAAAGCGAGCCAAACCUUACAUAAGCAGUAUAAAUAGUGUGUUACAAAAAUGUCCAAGGUUAAUCUAGGCAGCAGUUUAAUGUUUCCCAUAUUCAGUAUGGAUUAGAAUUCCACCCCAAAAAGUUAGAAUCCCUCUUGAGACAUAACAUAUGACAUGGAACCUAACUGGUUAACAUUGAAUGUCUGUCUGUGGUUGUUAAUGUUUAUAAACUCAUUUAGUGGGUAGGAUCCAUGUUUUCCCCCUUAGCACCAACAACAAAAACAGCAGGCACAUUAGCAAUUUACAAACCUUUAUACAUAUUAAAAAUGUUGAUUCCAUCAGUAGGGGCUGUAAAUCCUAUUCAUGUCCACAGUAAGCCUCUUUUAUUUCACAUAAACGACAACAGAUUCACAAAGUAAAGUCAUCAGCCUCAACAGUUCCCUUAACUUCAGUCCAGCUGUUCCAAGACACAGAUACUCAUAGAAUCUAUCAGGAAUUUUAAAGAUAAUAAAUCAACAUUUUGAGAUUUGUCAACAUUUUCUUAUAUUUCUCUGAGAAUAAUCACGGAUCUUGAUGAACAAAAUCAGGCAUGUUCAGAGGACAUUGGUAUUUAUGAGUGUGUGUCAUUUUGUGUGGAUCCAAAUCAAUCUGGAUCUAGUGAAUUUAAAUGUGGUUUCAUACGGGGACUGUUUGGCCUCAGCGGAGGUUUGCACCAUACUGAGUUACUAGUUACAGCUGUUUUAGAUUAUAUAUAUAUAUAUAUAUAAAAGUCAUUGAAGCCAAAACCUUUUCAGGUUUCACUACCUGAAAUCAACAAAAUCUUAAUUUAGUUGAAUUAGUUGUUUCAACCAUGAAGCUUGGAGCAAGUAGGAGCUAAAUGCUGAAUGAAUGAAUCUAAAAUCUAAGAGCAAUAAACUGAUAUUUAAAGAUGAUCCUGCAGCUCUCCCAUUAGUAGGUGAGCAGUAAGUGUGUACAGUUCACGUGCCUCUGUAAAUCACAGUGAUGCUGCAGCUCACGCCCUCUGACAACACCAACCAGACAGGAACAGGGAACAAGGAAGUUGUUGCACCUGUUGCUGACUCUGACAAACUUUCAAUUCCUGAGACCUCGAUCUUUGGUGAGCAGGUGUUGAGAGACUCCAUCAUGGCAGAGGCUGAGGGGAAAGCAGCGUCCAGUGACGAGCAGCUGCAGCCGGUCAGCGUCUCCUCCAGCGGCCCGGAGGACGGUCAGCCUGCUGCCCGGACACAGAGCACCGAGGAGCGGGUAGAGGCGGGAGGAGCGGCCCGGGCAGAGAGCACCGGGGAGCGGGUAGAGGCGGGAGGAGCGGCCCGGGCAGAGAGCACCGGGGAGCGGGUAGAGGCGGGAGGAGCGGCCCGGGCAGAGAGCACCGGGGAGCGGGUAGAGGCGGGAGGAGCGGCCCGGGCAGAGAGCACCGAGGAGCGGGUAGAGGCGGGAGGAGCGGCCCGGGCAGAGAGCACCGAGGAGCGGGCAGAAGGAGCGGCUCUCUUGGCCAACCACGAUCCCACCUCUGUGACCUUAGCUCUGGACCCGUUCAAACGGAGGAAGUUCUUCGUGUUGAGGCCUGGCACUCUGAAUCAGGCCAUCAAAGACAUCGAAGCUCUGGUGGAUAAAGAAGUAGAUGGCAGCAUUCACGGCAUCUGGCUGAUGGCAGAGGUGGAUCACUGGAACAACGAGAAGGAGCGUAUUGUUAUAAUAACGGACAACUCUCUCCUGAUCUUCAAGUACGACUUUGUCAUGUUCAACUGUGACCAAAUGCAGAGGAUCCCGCUGAACUUUGUGGACCGCAUCACUCACGGCACCUUCAGCUUCCCAAGGCGCUCCAUACUCCAGAGAGAAGGGGAGGGGGUGCGAGUCUUCUGGGACCGGCUGAGAGAGCCCUCCUUCACCUCCAGGUGGAACCCCUUUGCCACUGACUACCCUUUCAACACCUUCACCUACCACCCUGUGAGGAACACCGAUGACAUGUUUACCGCGCUCUGCGACAUCCACAACUUUCGUGUGCAGCUCCUGGACGCGGCACAGAAAGCCCAUGCCAUAAAGCCCGUUCCUGGGAAGGCCAAUGGUGUCCUGGUCUUGAAUCAGCACAUCGAAAUUGAGGCCUAUGUAGGCCUUAUGUCUUUCCUGGGAAACCAGAACAAACUGGGCUACUGCAUGGCUCGAGGAAAUCUUGGCUUCUAAACAUAAUCUAAUAAUUUAUUGCCGUCUUGAAUUCACGUUGAUUCGUUUGUUUACAGAGAGUUCAUUAUUCUUGAAGGAUUGACCAGGGAUUGUUUCAGUGUUCAGGUUUGCUUGUGUUUUACGUUGAAGCCCUGCUUCCCAGGAUGAGGUGUAUGAGGUAUAAACAACUGUGUGAUCUCCCCCACUGCUUAUUACCAGUUUGUGGUGUCUGAGCACUCGCAAAUAUCCACAUUUCAACACCGCUCUUCACUGGAUGACGGAUCUCCUGCUGCUCUCAAGGAGCUUUGUAUUUGCUCCUCAGUGAUAUGGUAAUUCAACUCUUUUGCAACGGGACUCCUUUCUUCCUCCCCCAGUGUCUCUGCUAAAAGCUCAUUCCCAUGCCAUUCAGCCCCUUAGAGAUUCACUGGAGCAUGAGGGCACAUUUGUCAGUUUAUCAUUUGUAGUGUAUUUUUACAGUGCAUACAGUGCUGGAAUUUCCCUUUGAUUUGUGUGUUUACUGUGUGUCAUUCCGCCUUGUCUAGUAUCAUGUGUUUGUCUUGUAAGCCUGUCCCUGACAUGAAAACAUAAGCUCGCAUAUUUUGUUAUCUUUCCCUGUUAUUGUUAUAAAAAGAUGUGCUGUUUUUUUAUGUGCUCUUGGUGUAUUAUUCCAUUAAUAACUUGUUCUUAAUAAAUAAGAAUUCAUGCUUGUUGAAAUGUUAA